AUGGCUACCACUUCUGACUCGGUCCCGGCCUCUUGCAAGGUCAUGCUCUCGAAGCAUGUUGCCAAUCGCCUGCUUGCGGAGGUCCAGGAGGGCGUCCAUACCCUGGAGAAGCCGCCUCACUUGGUGGGAUUCCUUGCCAACAACGACCCCGCGGCGUUGAUGUAUGCCCAGAUGACGGAGAAGACGUGUCAGGAAAAUGGCUUCCGCUACUCCCUCCGUGAAGUUGCCCGCGAUGAUCUCGAGCAAGCUAUCCUCGCUGCCAACGCCGACUCCGAUGUCAACGGCAUCAUCGUAUACUACCCCAUCUUCAACAACCGCCAGGACCAGUACCUGCAGCAGAUCGUCGACAUAAAUAAGGAUGUAGAGGGUCUGAGCCACCGUUACAUUUUCAACAUGUACCAGAACAUUCGUUUCCUUGACCCCGAGACCAAGAGACAGAAGUGCAUCCUCCCCUGCACCCCCCUCGCUGUCAUUAAGAUCCUCGAAUACCUCAACAUCUACAACACGAUAUUGCCGUACGGUAACCGCCUCUUCGGACACACUAUCUGUGUUGUGAACCGCUCUGAGGUGGUUGGUCGCCCUCUCGCUGCUCUGUUGGCCAACGACGGUGCCUGCGUCUACAGUGUCGAUAUCACCGGCGUUCAGAAGUUCACCCGUGGUGAGGGUCUGAAGAAGGGCAGACACGAGGUUGUCGACCUGGAGGAUAAGACCCUGAAGGAUGUGGCACCUCUGUGUGAUGUUGUCAUUUCCGGUGUUCCUGGAGAGAAGUACAAGUUCGAUACCAGCCUUCUGAGAGAGGGUGCUGUGUGUGUCAACUUCUCCAGCGAGAAGAACUUUGGACCUGAGGUCAAGGAGAAGGCCUCCAUCUUCGUUCCUUCCAUUGGAAAGGUCACCAUUGUCGUCCUGAUGCGCAACUUGCUGAGACUCAUCCAGAACAGCCGUAUGGAUGACGUGAAGCCCGCUGAAGCUACCGAGCGUCCGGGAACCCUGGAAGCCGCUAACUAA